UAGACGAAUUAAAGUUUAUUAUAUUCUCAAAAGCAACAUUGAAAUUCUAUUAGUGGAUGAUUAUAUAUCCAUCAGUCACUCUAUGAAAUUUGUGCAUCACGCCUAAAAGGUGAUACAUCACAGAAAACUGGCAGACAGCAUUCAUAUCUAACAAAAAAUUACGAGCAGACAGCCUAGACCACUUAUUUGUACAGAAGUAAAGAGAUAAAAACACGUCACUUUCUAAUGAAGUCCACAUCAAAUAUCAUACUUCCAUGUUUAUUGAUCCUAUUCUUUCUUGCAGCUAAACCAAACUCUUAUUUAUGCAGCGCAUUCACAACUAUCACUCUGCAACAAAAAUAGUACAAGGAUAUCAAGCUUGAUAUACCUUUGUUCGUCCAAUGGAAGAUAUUAGCAAUAUAUUCCACAAUGAUCUACUCCCAUCUCUAGGAGCAAGAGCAAACCAAUCUAUCAAGUUGAAGAAAUUCAUCAUUUCUCCUUAUGAUCCGCGUUACAGAAUCUGGGAGAUAUUCUUGCUUGUUCUUGUUGUUUCCUCAGCAUGGAUCUGCCCAUUUGAACUAGCAUUUCUGAGACAUCUCUCAUGGGAACUUUUUCUUGUUGAGACUAUUGUCGAUAGCAUCUUCGCAAUCGAUAUCAUUCUCACUUUUUUUAUAGCAUAUCUGGAUCAGAAAUCGUAUCUUCUAGUGGAUAAUCCAAAAAGGAUUGCAGCUAGAUAUAUCUCCUCGUGGUUCAUAUUUGACGUUUGUUCAACAAUUCCAUAUCAACCAUUCGGGCUACUAUUUAAAAAACAUGCAAAUGGCCUUGCCUAUAGGAUGCUUGACAUGCUUCGGUUAUGGCGCCUCCGACGCCUCAGUGCUUUAUUUGCCAGGCUCGAAAAGGAUAUCAGAUUGAAUUACUACUGGAUAAGAUGCAUCAAACUAAUUUCUGUUACUAUUUUUGCAGUACAUUGUGCAGGAUGCUUCAAUUACUUAAUAGCUGAUACAUACCCUAAUCAAGCGAGAACCUGGAUAGGAGCAGCAAUGCCAAACUACAGAUCAGAGAGCCUAUGGGUUAGAUACGUUACAUCAAUUUAUUGGUCCAUUACAACACUCACAACAACUGGUUAUGGGGACUUGCAUGCAGAGAAUCCAAGAGAGAUGCUAUUUAGUGCAUGCUACAUGCUCUUUAAUCUGGGACUGACAGCGUACAUCAUAGGUAACAUGACAAACCUGGUUGUCCAGGGAAGUUGCCGUACCAGAAAUUUUAGAGACACAGUCCAUGCUGCUUCCCAGUUUGCUGCAAGAAAUCAGUUACCUAAACACAUAAGGGAUGAAAUGCUAGCUCAUAUCUGCCUAAGGUAUAAGACAGAGGGUCUGAAACAGAAGGAAACUUUGGACAGUCUCCCAAAUGGAAUCCGAUCACGCAUAGCAUACCAUUUAUUCUUCCCCAUCAUUGAAAAAGUCUAUCUUUUCCGUGGUGUUUCUUUUACUUGCAUGCUCCAACUGGUCACUGCAAUGGAAGCAGAGUACUUUCCACCCAAAGAACCUGUCAUAUUACAAAAUGAAGCGCCGACAGAUGUUUACAUAUUAGUUUCAGGAGCGGUGGAAGAGAGGAUUGAGAUGGAUGAGGGUGAAAAGGUUCAGGGAGUACUGUCCACUGGUGAAAUAUUUGGUGAAAUUGGGGCUCUCUGUAAUGUUCCCCAGCCAUUUACAGUCUGUACAACCAAAAUUUCACAACUUCUGAGGGUGAGCACAACAGUGCUAAAAAAUAUUAUUGAGGAUAACAAAGAAGACGAACAAAUUGUACUGAGCAAUAUAUUCCAGAAAAUAGGCAGAGAUCCAAUAUUCUCCGCUGAGUUCAUGGCGAAAUCAAUGCACAAUCAACACUUCAGAAAGUAUAAUAGUUGUUCCACCUUCAACCUAGUCAGUCAAGAAAAUGAAUCAGAAGGCAGAGAAAGAUUAACAUCAUGUUAUGGAGAUGAGAACUGUAAAAAACUUGAAGAAACGGAUAGACAUGAACCACUUCAUAAGACUGCAAAUCACAGUGACUGCAACAGAAUCAAUUAUUUGAAUGCUAAAAGUGGAGGCAUAGAAAAACAUAUUCCUACAAAAACGAUGUGUACAGAGUCUGUGGACAAAGAAAAGGCAGAUAUUCAUCAACCGAAGUUGACUGAUAGUAGCAUCACAGGAUCUGAGAAGGCUCAUGUCAUUACCCAAAACACAAAGGAACACACAAAAAUCAGGAAGUCAAGGAUCCCUGAUAAGAUGCUUGCAUUCACGGUGCCUGGGGACCUUCAGGAGAUAACUGGUAAGAACACAGAAAUUGGCACAUGUUCAUAUAAGGAUGGUGGUUCUGUGGUUAUAGAAAAUAAAAGAGUGACGAUUCAUGGGUAUUCACAGAAGAACACAAAUUUGAAGGUCCCAUGUGCAAAAGUUAUAAAUCUACCAGGAUCUAUGGAUGAAUUAUUCACUGUAGCGAGCCAGAAGUUUACGGGUUAUUAUCCCACAAAACUGUUCAACCAAGAAUUUGCAGAAAUUGGUGAUAUUACAGUUAUUCGAGAUGGCGACCAUUUAUUUCUUACGGAGUCUUGAUCAUGGAAGCACAUCGAAGAAAUCAACUACGCAAACGGCAAGAACUCCUUUCCCCUUUAGAAUGAGGAGUGGCUGCUGAUUGGCUCCUCUACACGGUCUGUUCCCAUUUGUAAUCCAUGGCCGCGGGUUACGAAAUUGUGAAACUUGGUGGAAUCAUGAGAACAUUUGCUGCUUAGGAGAAAACGGGAGGUAAAAUUUUCAGAAAAGUACUGUACAGAACUAUAGAGAGUUGGCGAAGGUUAUACAACUCUAUUCUGCAGAUUCAAUGCUGGUUUGAGUU